AUGCAGGAUUCACCCAGCUCUCUGGUGAUGGAUGGAUACUCCAGCAAUGUCCCAGCCUUCCUAACAAAACUCUGGACGCUGGUGGAAGACCCUGAAACCAACCAUCUCAUCUGCUGGAGCUCUAAUGGCACCAGCUUCCAUGUGUUUGACCAAGGCCGCUUUGCCAAAGAGGUGCUGCCCAAGUAUUUCAAGCACAACAACAUGGCCAGCUUCGUCCGGCAGCUGAACAUGUAUGGCUUCAGGAAGGUGGUGAACAUCGAGCAGGGGGGUCUGGUGAAGCCUGAGAGGGAUGACACUGAGUUCCAGCACCUCUGCUUCCUCCAGGGCCAUGAGCACCUCCUGGAGCACAUCAAGAGGAAGGUGUCAGUAGUGAAAAGUGAGGAGACCAAGAUGCGCCAGGAGGACCUCAGCAGGUUGCUAUACGAGGUACAGAUACUGAGGAGUCAGCAGGAGAACAUGGAGUGUCAAGUGCAGGACAUGAAGCAGCAAAAUGAAGUUCUUUGGCGGGAAGUUGUUUCUCUGCGGCAGAACCACUCACAGCAACAGAAAGUCAUCAACAAGCUGAUUCAGUUUCUGUUUGGCCAGCUCCAAUCAAGCCCCAGCAGCACUGGGAUAAAGAGGAAGCUACCUCUGAUGCUUGACAACGGGAUCUCGGCUGCACCGGUGCCCAAGUUCAGCCGGCACCUGUCCCCAGACCCCCUCCAUGACCCCUAUUUCAUACAGUCGCCAUCGACAGAGCCUCCCUCUUGCAUAAACAGCCCUGCAAUUGCUGGAGGACCCAUCAUAUCUGAUGUUACUGAAGCAUCACCAUCCAACAUCAUGAAUAUGCAAUCCCCUCCUGAAAAUGACAGGGAGAAGUGCCUCAUGCUGAUCAAGGAAGAGCCAGUGAGCCCCGGGGUGAAAGGCAGCGCGGAGCCCGAGGUGCCCCUGCCCGGCUGCCGGGCCUGCUCCGAGCCCCCGGUGCUGCCCGUGGCCAUGGUCCAGUCUGUCCUGGAGGGCAAAGGCAGCUGUGGUGCAGCCCCACCAGGGACCUCCCAGGCACCCGAGAGGAGAGGCAGGAGGGCCCUGCUGGACAGAACAGACAUUUCAGACCCGUUGGAGGGCACCGACUGGAGCCUGGAGGGGCUGCAGCUGCUGCUGAGGAGCCAGCAGUACAGCCUGGAGCCUGCCAGCCUCUUGGAUGUCUUUAAUCCCAAUUUAUCUCUGAGUGAAUGGAAUUUGACUGAAGUGGAAGCCAGUCUGCCCCCGAUGCAGCGACUCACGGUGGAUCUGGAGAAGAGUGCAACUGAGCUGCCCCCAAAAGUGUUCAACCCACCAUUCAACACCACCUGCCCAGGGAAAGAUGUCAUCCUUGAAAGUGCCCAGCAGUUCCUCCUCGACCGUCAGUCCAUCUUUGGGAACGACCUCAUCAGCUUGCCUGAAAAUUCAUCACUUUAUGUUCCCUCUGAAAACACAGCUUCCUACGUGUCCUCUGUGGGUGUCCAAGGGGAUAUCCCUCUAAACCUGAGUUCUUCCACGGACAACAGCCAGUGA